AUGUCUUUCACGAGCCUCAGGGCCAGAGUCCCUCAUAUCCUGUUGAUUACAGCUGGUACGUGGACAUCGGCGUCACAGAUCAUCUCACACAUGAAAUGCAAAAAAUUAAACAUGAAGGAGCCCUACAAGGGUAAUGAGCACGUCCACACCGCCAGCGGUUCAGAUACUGGCCGUGGCGCGCGCUUGGAAAUUCAUGAGGAGUCGUCCAGUCCUCCUCCGUCGCCACGUUCUCCUGUUCAAGAUGAUCGAAUGGAUGAAGCUCCUUCCAUGCAGCCGCAUGGGACUCCUGCUUCUGCCCGUGAGCCAGGUCCAGAGGAUGGGAGUGGUCCGUCCGUUCGUAUCUCACCUAGGCGUGUGUCACCUGGUGUGAGCACUGGCGCCCCGUCGGCCCGUGCUACUGACGCUUUGGCUGGGAGUGCAUCGCAUGCACAUGAGCCUGGGAGUGCAUCGCCUGUACAUGCACGUGGUGAGCAGCCUUCCCAUGUCCGGUCUGAUUCCACACGAUUGACAUCUCCUGUCAGGCCUGAUCCAACCUCUCCAAUGAUGGAUAUCACGUCUCCAAGUACUGCUUCCGGCAAACCAGGAACCAUUACUCAGAGCCCCCGCGUGGAGCGGCUCGGGCGGAGCCCCAAACCAGCACCACCUAGCCGCCCCCUCCCCCUGGGUCCUCCCCCGCCGCCGCUGGUGGAUGCCACCGGGCAAAGCCCGUGCGGUGGCCGGUGGCGGCGGGUCUUCUUCCCGUAG